AUGCCAAAGUUAGUUUUAGUUAGACACGGUCAAUCCGAAUGGAAUGAAAAGAACUUGUUCACCGGUUGGGUAGACGUCAGAUUAUCAGAAACUGGUCAAAAAGAAGCUAAAAGAGCUGGUGAAUUAUUGAAAGAAGCUGGUAUCAAAGUUGAUGUUUUGCACACCUCCAAAUUAUCCAGAGCCAUCCAAACUGCCAACAUUGCCUUGGAUGCUGCUGACCAAUUGUACGUUCCAGUCAAGAGAUCCUGGAGAUUGAAUGAAAGACACUACGGUGCUUUACAAGGUAAAGACAAGGCUCAAACUUUGGAAACUUACGGUCAAGAAAAAUUCCAAAUCUGGAGAAGAUCAUUUGAUGUUCCACCACCAACAAUUGAUCCAAAGGAUCAAUACUCCCAAGUCGGUGACAGAAGAUACGCUGACAUUGACCCAGCUGUUGUUCCAUUGACUGAAUCAUUGGCUUUAGUCAUUGACAGAUUAUUGCCAUACUGGCAAGACGAAAUUGCCGGUGACUUGUUGGCCGGUAAAGUUGUCUUAAUUGCCGCUCACGGUAACUCCUUGAGAGGUUUAGUUAAACACUUGGACAACAUCUCAGAUGAGGAUAUUGCUGGUUUGAACAUCCCAACUGGUAUUCCAUUGGUUUACGAGUUAGACGAAAACUUGAAACCAACCAAACCAUCUUACUACUUGGACCCAGAAGCUGCUGCUGCCGGUGCUGCUGCUGUUGCUGCUCAAGGUCAAAAGAAAUAA